AUGCCGGGGACUCAUCUUCUACCUCCUAACUUACUAAAACUCUUUGCGCCGCGUCCUCCCCUCCCCUAUAUACGUCCAGUCGGCAAAGACCCAGAUCGCGUCCGUGCCAAAAAUGUUGAUGGUGUAGCAGCCUUGCUUGCACGAUUGAAGGAGGAGAGUACACAAGGCCUGAUCGAUGCGGGAACCCAAGAAGUGCCAGAUGGGAUGGAAGAGGGCGAGGAGCCGGUUUUUACGCACACGGAGGAAACACAACGACAAAUUCGAAAGGAAGAACGAAAAAAGGCGAAAGAAGACCAUUUUAAGAACGCAAAAGAGAUGUACAAACCUGCGGAAGAUCCAGAAGCAGUUGGCGAUCCAUACAAGACGCUGUUUGUUGCGCGCCUGAAAAAGCAGGCCAAGGAGAUUGAUCUACGCAGGGUCUUUGAAGGUUAUGGCACCAUUGAGCGCGUACGUAUCGUUCGUGAUAAAAAAGGCCGAAGUAGAGGGUAUGCUUUCAUCGUCUAUGAACGAGAACGCGAUAUGAAAGGUAUACAAAAUUCACCUAUGCGCAGUUAA